AUGCCCCAAGGAACUUACGAGUUUGAAGUAGACGGAGCUCUCGCCUGGGUGGCCGCCAGCCGCUGCCUCGGCUCCAGUGCCGGCGUCUUCAGCGGGGGUUUAGCCUUUACCAAGGCUACUCGGCUCCUUCUGGCCUUUAACAAGGCCGCCGAGCGUCGUCUUCCCCGCGCGGAGCUCCUCGUCGUCUUGGAUUUCAGCUCGCCGCCACCACAACAGCGAAACAGCUGUUCUUUAUCAAUAACACGAUCUUAUUAUCGCAAUUCUGUGGGUGGCUUACUAGUGUUUGACAUCACAAAUCGGCGAUCUUUUGAACAUGUGAAAGACUGGCUAGAAGAAGCAAAAAUGCAUGUACAGCCCUUUCAGAUUGUAUUUCUGUUAGUAGGACAUAAAUGCGACUUAGUAUCACAGCGGGAGGUUACAAGAGAAGAAGCUGAAAAACUGUCAUCUGACUGUGGUAUGAAAUACAUAGAAACUUCAGCAAAAGAUGCCACAAAUGUUGAAGAGUCCUUUACAAUUCUUACCCGAGAUAUCUAUGAACUUGUGAAAAAAGGAGAAAUCACAAUACAAGAUGGAUGGGAAGGUGUUAAGAGUGGCUUUGUUCCAAAUGUUGUACAUUCAUCAGAGGAAGCUGUAAAGCCCAGAAGACAGUGCAUCUGUUAAAUUUGUAGCACGCCAAAGAGCACAUCAGGUGUUCAGAAAAUGAUGCCAAUCUAAUUAACAGAGAAAUAAUUUUGAAAUAAUAUUAGAUCGUGACGUAGCUGAAUCAUAGAGUGGUAAUUGUUUUUUUGAAUCCUUCUGUCUAAUCCAUAACUUCAUAAAAAUUUAAGUGCUUUUUUUUUUUACAGAGUACAAUAACUUUGUGUGGUCUUCAAGAAAAGAAAUUAUAUAUUGCUGAAAAAAAGAAUCCUGUAGCAAGAUACUGAGAAAGCGCAAUAAUCAUCAUGACAACAUCCUCUACUGGGCUUUGUAUUUUGAAUACAGUUUAAAAUCAAGCCUUGAUAGGUGAGGAUCAGAUGAGCUCAUUACUUCAGUUCAUCCUGCCUUAGUUUUAGACAAGAAAAUACUUUACCUUAUAGUUUUUUAAUGUUAUUCUUUACGCAAGUGCAGGUUUGCUAAUGACCAUUAAGGUUUAGAACACUGUAGAAUUUCAUAAUAAAGAUAACUGAAGAAAGCAAGCAGAAAGAUUGCUCCAAAACACUUUUGAUAUGACUAUGAAUACAAGCCUUACUAAAGAAAAAGAAUGUUUUAGAAAAGACAAUUUAUUUGUAUAUGAAAAUGGGGAAUGGAAGCAAUGAAAUUUAUUAUUAAAUAUUUUCUGAAUUGCCAAUGAAAGUAACUGUAACAUCACAUAUGAUCCAGCUGUUAUCUGACUUGUAUACAAAACAGAUUUCCUAAAUACUAGAGGUACAUUCUGGAGGCCACAUCCUCAGCUGGGUAACUGUCAUAGCCACACUGAUGCCUGAGGAAUUAUGUUAAUUCACACAAAUCAAUUUCAUAUUAGCUUUAAAAAAUAAAUCUACUUCUAAUUAGAAGUAAAAAAAAAAAAAAAAGCUGCAACCCAUGGGGUUGAAUUUGAAGAGAACAAAGAUUGGUUUAUUCUAAGCCAGCAAAUGUUAAACAGUUGUCUAAAAACAGUGAAGCUUUUAAAACCAAAACUGUUAUGAACAGAGUGUUAGGAAAGGAGAGAAUUUCUAAAAUAAUGUUGGGCUACAGAGCAGCAAAGUUGGAGAAUUGCUAUUCUGAGAAAGCAACAAAUAAUGACUUUUAAUAACAAUAAUAAUAGGAGAAAUCUGUGAUCAUGUAGCAUUUUACUGAGCUUGAGGUCAUCUUCCUACACCUCUGAAUAUAACACACUCUAGCUUUAUGCAAAUUACGCCCUAUAUGUCUAGCACUUAAAUGCCAAAUAACUCUAUUUCUAUUUUAUCUCAGUAGUAUAACAUGAUGGCUUGAUCUCCAGAGUUGGUAAGCAGCUACAAUUUAUCUGGACACGCUCAUAACCUCCAAACAUCAAGCCAGUUAUCUUCAUGUAAAGAUGUGGUGUCAUGUUGCAGUCCUCCAUGUUAAUACCAGGCAAACGGAUCUGUGUAAUCUAACUUUUUUCUUCAACAAACAUGAUUGGUUUUCCUUCAGACUGUUUUCAGGUCCUUUUGUAAAUAGUCCAUGGUAUAAGGACAAGUUGUUUGGUUACAGUUAUUUUACUGAUUUAGGGCCAGUGAAAUUAUUGACUUUAAAGGGAACUGGAAGGUGAGUUUUCUAUUCAGGUGAGCCUGAGUCUCAUUUGCACUGAGGCACGGUUAUAUUUUCAUAGGAUAGAGGCCUUAAUAUAAACAAGAAUCCAGCCUUAAUUUGUUACGAGUUAAAACAGUCAGUUAAUUCUAGUUUCAGCAUGCCACAAACAAUUGCUCUGAGCCUGAGUCUACUAAACUACACAUUGUAGUCAUGUAUGCCAAUGCUGUUUUGAUUUGAGGGUAUUUUAGGUCGUCUUUAUGUGAAUUUAAAAUAUUGCAGGCACCAAAAAGUAGCACGGAAUCAGGUUGUGCGCUUUUGACACUGUACCCUGUGUACUAGGCCCAUGUUGUGUGUCUGAGAAGAUCUUCUCUUAGUGGUUUAAGAGGACAGAAUGGACCAAUGAAUAAAUCAGCAGCUGGGGAGUCAAUAGACCCAAAGUCUACCACUGGUUCACGGUGGGUUUCUGCGCAAGAUUUUCUGUGCCUCACCUUCUGCGUCUCCAAAAUAGAGAUGACCGUUGUUCCUCAAACUCUGAAAGACCUCUAAGACCCAGUGUGAUUGUAUGGUCUUUGGUUUGGACUCCUUUGUGUGUGUGCUAUCUGUUGUAGAGCAUGUAGCACAAUGGGAGGUGGAUACUGGUUUCUUCCACUGUGCAAAAAAAGAAAUUACAAAGAUGGAAACAGCUUUAUAAGUACCAGGUAUUGCUAUUAUUAUAAGUCUACAUUUCAUUAUACUUUUCAUUGUUUUCAGGUUACAGUCUUUUAAACUUUUCUUCCAGAAUACUCUGGCGCCAAUGAGCUUUUCACUCUGUACAGGAAAAGCAUGGGGGGAUGGGAGGAGGGAAGGGACGGGAGUGGGAGAGGAGAGAGGGGAAGUAUGCACAGAGAAAUAAACAAUCAUCAGAACAGAGCCUUAACGAUCUCUGCUGUGAAUGUUGUAUCUGUAGUCUCACAUUUAUUACGAUGGGAGUAGAGCUUUUAACCAGAUUCAACGGUGUAAGGAUCUGGUGUUGUCAAUGCAGCUAGGAAAGAAGUUCACUGCUUUUUUAAGUACUGUGCACAUUGUUGUCUUAUUUGUAAUUCCUAAAAAUGUAGAAUAACAUGUGCAUUCUAACAUUGUCUAUCUUGUUGAUAUAUUAAAACAAUACCGUACCUGCUCA